UAUAAGUAAGUAUGAGAGUUGUAGUCAAAGUGAAUUUGAUACAAAUCUUUACAAUAAAGGCUUCAGAUUUUAGCGUUGCUGAAGUACGAAAGCAAGAAAGUGCUCUAGGUGCAUAUAUAGACAUAUUGUCAGAUUUCACGAUAUAUGGCUGGAUUCCUAUAUCUCUAACUUUUGAGGCGUCUUGGGCCAACCAGAAUGAUAUUUACUCACUAUGGCUCACACUAGCCAUUUUGGAAUCCCUUUAUUUCGUCAAUUCUGCUUCGUUAUUCUAUUUGGCUGCAAUAUUAGAACAAAGACAAGCUGGCAAGUUGAAAACAAAGGAAAUGACGCAUGUUACCAUGUGCGAAGCUCUUAUAGGUGGAACAGAAACCAUUCUGUUUUAUUCCUUGAUGAUAAUAUUACCUCGUUUCUACUUGCCUUUUCUUUUUCUAUUAUUUGCUUUAUUAGUAUUUUUCUCUAUUUUACAAAGACUUUGGUGGGCUGUUCGUAUGCUUUAAAUAAUUUUCUCUAAGAAAAUCCAUCCAUUGACUAGAAAUUUCCAAGUCAUGACGAGUGUUUUUGUGGAUACUCAACAGGUUUUAUGGAACUUGGCUCAAAGAAAUGCCAGGAAAUGUAA